AUGGACUGCUUUGAGGAUCCAUCAUCUCCAUCACAGAGUCUGGAACUCAAGUGCUCAGAGUCUGUGCGGCUGGUUGGAGGCUCUGGUCUCUGCUCUGGAUCACUGCAGAUCUGGAACCAGUCCUGGACCUCGGUCUGUGAAGGGGCCUUGGACCUGAGGGGAGCAGAGGUGCUGUGCAGGGAGCUGGACUGCGGGGCACCUUCUGUCCUCCAGGGGGUGCUCUCUCCUUCUGUCCUCCAGGGGGCGCUCUCUCCUGUGGGGCAGACGUUCCACUGUGAGGGCCAUGAGUCUGCUCUGAUGGACUGUCCCCGCUCCAGACCCAAGACCUGCUCCUCUGGACCCAGUGUGAACAUCACCUGCUCAGAGCCGGUGAGGCUGAUGAGAGGGGCCCGUCGCUGUGCUGGGACCGUGGAGGUCAGAAAGAGCGGAGAAUGGAGACCAGUGCAUAAACCAGGCCUCUGGACCCUGGGUUCCACUGAGGCCGUCUGCAGAGACCUGGACUGUGGAUCUGUUGUUUCUAUGGAAGAGGAUCGUUCACAGACUAGUGCCAGGGAGAUCUCCGUGCUCUGUGUGGUGAGGAGGAGGAAUGCUCCUCCUGCUCCUCACGCUCCUCACUUCUCCUCCUGCUCCUCACUGAUCCUCCUGCUCCUCACUGAUCCUCACUUCUCCUCACUGAUCCUCCUGCUCCUCACUUCUCCUCACUGA